AAAGAAACUAUAACUUAUUACAUAUAAAACGCUGCUUAUAUUAAUUUUUAUAUUAUUUAUAUAGUUAAAAAUACAAUAUAUCUUUUUUACAUAAUAGUAAAUGUUCAUUGUAUUUAUAUUUGUUUUGAUAAUAUUGCUUAUUUGUGGCACAUAUAGCGAAAAUUUAAUUAAUAUUUGAAGUAUUUAGUAUUCUAGUACAAUAAAAAAGAAUUUUCUGAUUAAUCUCUUGUUUUCUUGAAGAAUUUUCUUAAAUUUUGUGUUUUUGAAUUAUUUCGUUCGUAUUAUUUCGUAGAAGUCAGAACUCAAGGGUGAGCAAAUGAUGAAGUGCCUCACUCUACAUAUAUAAAAGGUUACAAAUUCUACUGAUGAAAAACUUUCAGUGUAUGUACUUUAUCAAUAGAUAUAUUAUUUCUGACACUUUAUGUCAGUAGAAUUUUGUACAGUUCUGUAUAUGAAAUGUAAAAAUAAAUUCUUAAAUAAUUAAGUAACUACUAUGUAUAGGAUUUUCGGCAACAGGUGGAAAAAAAUUUAAAAAGUGAUUCUAAAUGAUAAAAUAAGAUGAACAAGAAUAACAAAAUUGCAGUUAAGAUUUCGUUACUUAAUUACAAAUGUUUCAAUAUUCAAAAAGCUCUUAAAACACAUGAAUAUUGAGAUAUGAUUGAAAAAACGAAGCUCUAAGCCGUAAUUUUUAUUCUUUAUUUUUAUCUUAUUUCAUCAUCUAAAAUUCUUAAAUUUUUUCCCGUCUGUUGUCGAACAUCCUGUAUGCAUAAUUGGUUAUUUAAUCAUAUAUACAUAGGGUAUGUUGUUGAUGUUAAUAAAUGGAUACAUCAUCAUGACAUCGUUAAAUUGAAAAUCGAUAGCAAAUUUUAUACUACAUCGUGAAUUUUACAUAUUUAUUGAAGAAAGAACCAUCCACGGAAUGCUUGUGUGAGUUAUCAGCGUUGUUACAAAGAUAUUAGAAAAAAAAAGAAAUACGAUCAUUGGCUGUGGCUCUUUGUACAUUCGUUGUGUUAUUACAAAACAGUAUUUACUUAUAAGUACAAGAGAUAUUACCUGAUUUAACAUCGUUGUAAUUGUUACGUUGCGAUUGCUUGUAAGCUUAUAUUGAAUGCACCUUCUCGUAAUUUAUAAAAUAAAAUUAAUGUAGUAAAUAGAUUUGUAUAUAAUAUGUGUAAGCGUAAUCAUCUUUUUACAAUAUAAUAUAUGCGAUGUUUGUCUAAAUGUGCCACAAUGAGCUUUUUAUUUAUUGAUUGGAUAUUCACCGCUUGGUGCUUCAAAGUAGUAAAUCUUAUUUCCAAUAUAUUAAUAAAGAAUUCUUGUUUUUUUUAUAAUAAUAAUUGAACAGAUACUCGUAUUAACGCUCAUUUAUAAGUUAUAGUAAAAUACUAGUUUUUUGCGUUUCAACUUACGAAAAUUAGGAGAAUAUUUCUUAUCAUUAUUAAAAAUAAUUAAUUUUUAUUACAAGCCAUACCAUGCAAUAUGUAUUCAUUCCAAACUCUUCGUAAAUCUGUGAUAACUUUUUACUGUCAAAUUGACAAUAUUAAUUUUUCAACUUAUUACUGAAACGGGGAUACGCGAAUUGUUUGGUUGUAUAUUUAUAAUUUAAAUUUAUAUAUACUUGUAUAAUGUACAGCUGUUAAAGCUGCUAUAAUGUUUUAGCAAGUACAGUUAUAUAGGAUAAUAUUGGAAUAAUUAAAUUAUAUUUCUGACAAAGAAAAGAAAGAUUGAUUUAUUGUCGAUGUAAGUGCUAGUGCUAAUUCUGCAAUAUUUAAUACUAUUUAAAAUAUAGACCGCUGAAAAUGAUUAAUGUAAGCUUAUUAAUUAUAAUAAAUUUCUUAAGAAUGUUACGAAUGAUUACGUUUUUGUUGGCACUCUAUUGUUUAUUUAUUCUUUUUUGAUCCAUAUGUUGAUAAUUUUUUAAGACAGAUAUAAGCCUUUCUGGUGUGAUAACGUCAUAAAAAACAAUCAGAACAGGAAUAUUUAUAAACUUUUAUCAACACACAUUGCAAUAAAAUAAAUACUUUUAAUAAAAUAUUUAAGAUGUAAAUUCGUACAAUUAUGCACAACACGAAAUUUAAUCAUAAAAAUUUAUAUAAUAAUUUUUCAAAUUUCUCGGAUAAAAUACGUGUCUAAAAAACGUCUUAAAAACAUCUUAAAAAAUGUUUUUAAUUCAUAAGAUGUUCCAAAAAUUUUGGACAUUAAUACUAUCUGGGCGUUUGAUAAUGGCAAUUUUAUAUCAAACUCUCGAAAUACUUUAGAUAAUGCUGAUAUAUUAUCUGCCUCAUCUAACAGAACUUUAUCCAUUGUUACAAAUGCAAUCAUUUAAUAUUUGUCCGCGGUAUGUGAUUGUAGCGAAAACAUCAUGAAGAAGCUAUAUCUCGCUGCUGUAGCAGGAAAUUUAGGUAUGCUGUCAAUUGGCAUGUUUCUCGGUUGGGGAUCGCCAUCCUUACCCUUACUUGUAAAUGGUGAUAAUUACGGCUAUCCAGUGCGUUUGAACAAGGAAGAAGCCUCUUGGGUGGCUUCAUUACUUACUCUCGGUGCCUCUGCGGGUUGUGUUAUUUCUGCAUUCAUGGUGAAUGUCAUCGGUAGGAAGAAUACCAUGUUAUUUACGGUUGUGCCUUCGGCAAUCGGUUGGUUGUUGAUAGCCUUCGCAACGUCAUCAUGGGAACUAUACAUUUCGAGGUUGACAUCCGGUCUAGGAAUGGGUAUUGCCUAUACAAUUACGCCGAUGUAUUUAGGUGAGAUUUCGCCAGCAAAUGUUCGUGGUAUUUUGGGAUCCUUGUUGACGGUUGCUGUAAAAUUCGGCACUUCAAUCGAGUUCAUGAUAGGCCCGUUUUUGAUAGGCCCGUUUUUGUCGGUGAGCAAUCUCGCCCUCGUCUCUUUGGCGGGACCGUUCUUAUUUGUGAUCACUUUCAUCUGGCUACCGGAAUCUCCGUACCAUUUGAUACGUUGCGAUGCCAAACAGAAAGCUAUAAACUCUCUUGUUCAAUUGAGAGGCAAAGAGGAUGUUUACAAGGAAGCGGAUAGUAUCGAGCAAUCUGUAAAAGCCGAUUUAGCUAACGAAGCUGGUUUCCGUGAACUUCUAUUUCUACCAGGAAAUCGCAGAGCCCUAAUAACGUUGCUGUGUCUGGGCUUGGCUCAACAAUUGAGCGGCUCCCAAGCCGUGUUGCAGUACGCUCAAUCGAUUUUCGAUCAGGCAAACGGUAAACUGGAGGGCAAGUAUUUGACUAUGAUACUGGGCGCUGUGAUGUUAGUUUGUGCAGUUGUCUGUAUGAUGAUCACCGAUUGUAGCGGCAGAAAGUUUUUGCUCACGAUCUCCGCCAUCGGUUCAGCGUGCUCCACCGCCAUGGUUGCAACAUAUUUUCAUCUUCAAUACAAUCACGUAGAUACCAGCAAUAUAGUGUGGUUGCCAGCCACCGGCGUGAUCCUGUACGUGAUUAUGUAUGCCCUGGGUUUGGCAGCGUUACCGUUCACCAUGGCCAGCGAAUUGUUCCCCACAAACGUAAAGGCCCUCGGUAAUAUGAUAGGCAUAAUGACGUGCCAUUUUACUGCCUUUGUAGUGACGAAACUGUAUCCGGUUAUAAGCGAUAGCGCUGGUGUACACACACCAUUCUGGAUAUUCACCGCGUGCAGUCUCGCUAGUGCUGUAUUCACGCUUCUCUACGUACCUGAAACCAAAGGCAAGACGCUGGAGCAGAUACAGAAGAAACUGCACGGUCUGUCAAAACAGAAAGUCAAAGAUGAAAUACAUCCAAGCGUCGAUUCUUCUUCGACAAAUCUUUGAAGGAUAUUUGCGAAUUGUUUGUAUUUAAUGAAAGAAAGCACGGGGUUUAUAGUUUAUACUUACUAUAUAAAUUACCUCAUUUGAAGUGAUCUGCAUUCUUUAUGUAUAUUAUUGUUAAAUGUAGAGUGAGUAAGUUAAUAUACAUAAUAUAUAAGUUAAUAUAUUUUUUAAUUAGUUAAGUUACGGUUAAUGGCUUAGAAAAUUAAUUUAGUAACAUUAACAAAAAACUAACUAAUUGAAAGUUACAGUUAAUAGUUAAAACUAAAUUAACUUAAAUUAAAAGUUAAUUUUGAAAGAUGUUAUUCAUAUUAAAUUAGAAAUUUGUAAGUGUUCAAAUUGUAAUUAGCGUUACUUUAUUUUGUACUAAGUUCCAAUGUCUUAGGGUUCAUGCCAUUACUAGCAUAUCACGUGCUAGCGAUAGGGUAGUCACUAGAGUAGUCGCGGCGCUGCGAACGAGUCAGUGUCAGUGAAGAAGCAGAAGUGCCUAAAUCAUCGUUAUUGCUAGUCAUUUUUGUAUUAGUCAUAAUACCAUUAAAUCUUAUUUAAAGAGAG